AUGGCUACUUGCAAAGUCCGGACAAGUAGUUUCUCAAAGAACUUUUCAGCUGCACCUACCUCUUCUGUCCCUGGUCUCAAGUAUGGACCAAAUGGAACAAUCUUUCUUUCAUCCAACAUACCGGAUCUUGAUAAGAUUUUAGGUGGGGGAUUCCAUUUAGGAAGUCUGAUAAUGAUCAUGGAAGACACUGAAGCACCUCAUCAUAUGCUUUUGUUAAGGACUUUCAUGUCUCAAGGACUAGUACACAACCAACCUGUUCUUUAUGCAAGCCCAGUCAAAAACCCUAGAGCCUUUCUUGGAACCUUGCCAAAUACUUUAGUCCCCAAAGAUGACAAAUCUCGUAACACUGAUGCAGAACAUAAGGAUUUGCGGAUUGCUUGGCAAUAUAAGAAGUACCUUGGGGAAAAUAAGCAACAUAACGAGGAGCGAGAUGGGAAACCGAAGAAUUGCUAUCCAAUCAUUUUGAAGCAUGUAGUGUUCAAGGGAUAUCAAAUAGGCGGUGCAAUCUGUGAUGGAGCUACAGGGGCGACUGCCAAAACGCUUAAAUUACCUCGUGAAGAUGAGUUCUGGAGUAGGAGAAUUAGUGCCUGUGCAAUCUGUGAUGGAGCUUCACCAAUUUUUAAGGGUGAAGUUCUUGUUGUUGUUGGAGGAGGUGAUACAGGAACUAAGGAAGCAAUAUAUUUGACUAAAUAUGCAAGACAUGUACAUUUACUUGUACGCAGGGAUCAAUUAAAGGCCUCACGAGCUAUGCAGGACAGAACACUGGUGUUGCGUUGGGUCAAUUCACAACUAAGCAGAAUUUUGGGUUGGAAAUGGGAACCCGUUUCGAUGCAGCAACGACAUGGGAGUUCGAUUGUUGAAGUCUAUCGCAUUAUAGAAGAGACUGUUGACCAAUUUUUUGCUCUAAAGAUUCCUAUGAGAUCUGGAGAAAUGAACAGCCUGUUCCGAGGCAUUGAUAAUGCACUUCAAGUAUAUUCAAAGCAUGUUGUUGACAACUUGGCUAACAAGGAAGGCAUAGUUCCUCUUGUGCCAAUUCUAACAAGAUACAGGAGUGAAAUUGGAUUCUAA